ACACAAAGAAGAGAAUGCUACAUUGACAGUCAAUGAACAUGUUUAUGGGAAUAAUUUACACAUUUGUCGUUCGGGCAGCGUUGGAGGGUCGUUCCUACAGACAACGUUGAAACAAAAAGGCAUUUGGCCUACCGCCUACUUACGUUGGGACAAUAGUAACGAAACAACGUCUGAGUUAAUAGAUUAAUUGCCAGACGGCAUUGGAUUGUUGUUGCCAGACAUGCAAAGACCCUCGAUGUAUACAUCUAAGCUGCAACGUUGAGGAAAUGUUGUGUGAAUCAUAUCACAUCGUUGUGACACCAGGAUCAUAGGCCCACUCAUGGGCACGACUUCCUGUGAGGAUGCCAAGAAACACUGACAACGGUAGCAGCGGCACCGGAACAGUGACUCCUUCAUCAACAGCCCUCAUUGAUGGUGAUGCAAGAAAACGGCUUCACUUGACAGUUCCUUGUUCCGUAACCUUGGACAAGCUGAGGGAAUCUUCAAAUAAAUUUGUCUUGAAGCAUGGCAGUGGGUACUAUACAAUAACAAAAGGAGACUCGUUGAGAUACAGGAUUGAAGGAAUCAAAGUCUUGAGAACGAGAAAUCGAUCGAUGCCAACUUCAACUAAAAAAGGUGGGAACAAAAUGAAUCGGCCAGACCCCAGGGGUGAGGGGUAUCGCCGCUUUCCUCCAUCUAGGGAAUCUAGUUUCCUAAAUGCUACGCAGGGAGACUACGAGGGUCGAUUUGAUGGGAGAUAUUCAGGUCCCUAUCAAAGCAGAGGGCGAGAUAAUCGCUACGAGCAAAGAAGGCAUUGGCCACCACGUGGUAAUUAUGGAAAACGGGGGAGCAGAGACUCUUACAGUAGAGAAUUCAACAAUUCUAGUGGUCAGUUUGGGAGAAGGGCUUCCUCUUACCCUGACGAAGCUAUUGGUGAACAUAGCAGAUUUGAGAGAUUUCCUCAAGGAGACCGGGAUGGAGCCAUGAGGUUCCAAGACCGUCAAGGGAGGUACCCGAGUCAGAAGAGGAGGCACCAGAGUGGCUCCAGUUUAGAAGACGUUCCGAAACCAUUAGCAUCAACAUACAAGAAGGCUAACAAAGCUGAGCUGAGCAAUCACGCAGUAUUACAGAAAACACCUGUCAAUGAGGACUCAAAACAAUUGAGUAAAGAAUCCAAGCUUUCCAAAGACAAUGCGUUAGAUAAUGAACGGACUACACAAAACCAUAAUUUAAAUAACGACAAAGCAAAUCCAUGUGGAGCCUCACCGGGUCUUUCAAAUUCUGGUGCAAACAAAGCAUCUCAAGCAAUUCUUAAUGAAACAGCUAAGCCCAAUACUGAAAAACAGAAAAGGAAAGCAGUGUUAACAAUGUCUCAGCAAAUAGAAUCUCUCAGAAGUAAACCUCCCAAAACUAAUGUAGAUCAAACUAAGGAAAGGUCUGCCAAAAAGCCUGAAGGAGUUAGCGUACCUAUCUCAAGAACUGGUAAUGGGGAUAAUGCCAAAGGGAGUCCCCAUCGAACUGAAAUUUCUGUACCAAAUCAUAUAGAUGGAGAAAACUCUUCAGCAAAAGAAACAGAGGGCAGCAGUUCAAGAGAAUCAGAAAAUGCAGGUGCAAGUCCAAGAAGAUUACAUAGUGCUAGGAAAAGUGCUCCAACAUCAGGUGUUAGUAGAACUCAGAAAAGUGACAUGCUGAAGAAGCAAGCUCUUCUAAAGCAGUCACAAAUUGCUUCAAGCCCACCACCUGACAAUGCCUCAAGUACACUCUCUGCAAGGAUGGGUGUGAAAGAGAGAAAACCUUAUCAGAAAGACUCUGCUGAAAGUAGUCCUGUCAGUGUUUCAGAAGAAAAGGAUCCAUCCAAGUCUUUGAAUGACCUUUCAAGAACAUUAUCGGAAGAAGCACCAAUAAGCCUAACGGAAGAGGCGUUGACACCACCUCCAAGCGAGGACCUUGUAGUUCUCUCUGACACAGAGGGCAGUGUAAUGGAAACUAGAUUGCAAGACAAAGAAGUCGUGUCUGAGGAAAGAGAACUAGGAAAAAGUAAGGAGCCAGAAAACAAAGUUGAAGAUCAGAAAGCAGUAUCAGAUGAUGCACCAGCUACCUCCAUCACCAGGGAUUUUGUGAAGUCUGGUGAUCCUGAAAUGUCCUCUGCAGUUGGAAAGAUGGUGUUGAAGAUUAAAGAAAACUUGAAGAAGAAGCUGUCAAAGGGCAAUAUUUCCCCUCGGACUUCAUCUUCCAGCAGUAGCAGGGUAGGAUCAAGACCAAGUUCCAGCUGUUCUAUUGAGAGUCUAAUGGAUGUUUCUGAAAAAACUGAUACUCUUGAUACUGACAUUCCAGAGGAUCACCUGAAAGAAAAGAAUGAAAUAUCUGCUGAAAAUUCUUCUUUACCAGACCAAAACAAUGAAUGUGAAAUGUCUUCAGAAAUCCCUGAUAAUGAACACAAAGUUAAUGGAAAGGAAGUUUCUGAAGACACUUUAUCAAACGAGAACACAUGUACAGGAGACGACAAAAUUACAAACUGUGAUGCUAUGGACAUAGUAGGUGCUGAUGAACAAGCUUCACAUCCAGAUGGUGUCCAAAGUCUGGACGGUGAGACCCAGCCAUUCCAGGUUUCAAUUGAACCUUCAGCUGAUCAAAUAGACCAUAUAUGCAAGGUAGUGCUGGAUGACUCUUCAAAGAUUUCUUCUGCAACUGAGAAAUCUGAUAUAGUGAAUAGUCAACAUAUAGAUGAUGAAAUUGUCAAAACAGCUACAUGUAAUUCCCUUCCUGAACAAUCUGAAGAAGCGUCGCUUAUAAAAGAUGACGCAGUCUUGCCAAAGGCUGCUGAAAAUAUUGAAGAAAUUAGUGAUGGUAGUGUUGACUUAGGACCUCAUGAACCUGGUGAUAUGGAUGCUAUUGAUGAUGACCUUCUCUUGGAGGAUGAUCCUGUUAUGUCUGAGGGGUAUAACCCAGAACCAGACAAGAUGGACACCUCAGAACUUUCCGAAGCACAGGACUGUGAGGUCACUGAACUUGCCAUAACCAAGGUGGAGUCCCAGAGUGAAGAUGUGCUUCAGGCAAGAUGGGAUCAGCCUACCACGUCAAAGCGGACCUUAACGGGAGAUGUUGAGGAUGUCGAAGGUGAACCUGUCUGUAAGAAGAGUCGCACAGAAAAUGAAAAUGUCAUUGAAGGUAUCGAAUGUCCAACUGAGUCUGAAGAAGUUGCCGACCUCGAAGCAAGUAAAAAACCUGUCAUUUUCUCACACAGUGAGUGGAAAGAUUUUGCUCAGUCUAUCAAGGAAAAGUAUGAGAGAUUGGUCCAGACCUUUAAUCAAAAGACGAACGUCAUGUACGAAGCUCAGGCCCACUGGCAGCAGGAGUCCAACUCCUGGAAGGACAGGUAUGAUAAGCUUGAACGGAAAUACGAAGAUCUUCUCAUCCAAGUCAAGGAGAGGUCAGUGGUUGAGAAACAGGAUGUUGAGGUACAGACCACCUUUACACAUAAAACAAAGCUUUCAAGGAGGAAGAAAGAGGGAUCCCAACAGGGAACUCCUAAGUCGUCGCAGGAGAAACCUGUAGAAGAAGGAGAAGCAAUGGAAACUGAACAGGGUACUACAAGCUCUUCCGAAGUCCCUGCUCUGUCGGGGACACCACCACCUACCUCAGACUUUGAACCUUCUGCUGCAUCAUCAUCUUCAAAGUCUAACAGCUCCCCGGACAUCCCAGGUAGCAGUAAAUCUACCCACCUUGAAUCCAAGAGAGAGGUCUUCAGGGCCACCCUCAAUAAGGUCAUGCAGAAUAAGAAGAAUUUGUCUGGAGCAAGUGAAGCUGGUACUUCAUCAGACGCUCCCUCAGGAAAAGCUUCUCAGGACACAGCGUCACUGUCAAAAGCAGAUGCUCAUGUAGAGUCCACAGAAAAACCUGGUGGUAUUACUGAUGGUGCUGCAGCCUUAGAGACAGACCAAUCGAGUGAAGAAUCCCCUAUGGACACCUCACAAGCUGGUAGUAACACAACUGAUCCUUCUCCUACUGCUGAUGCUGCAUCUACUCAAUCAAUGCAAACAAAGGGACCAAAUGUUGCAAUCAAUGCCUCAGGAACUGCCACUGCUGCAUCUCACCCACAAGAGACUAUUUCAUCUGCACCAACACCUUCUAACAUAGAAACCUCUAAAGGGUCUUCAGAUUCUGAAGCAGUUUCUUCACAAGACAUUCCAUCACCAUCCAAAUCCCUUUCCAGCACUUCUGGUACCGGUCCUGCUGAAUCACCUUCUAAGGCACCAUCAGAAUCACCUGAGAAGGCCAUUGUUCCUUCAGGCACAGACUCUUCUAAGCUUCCUGGAUCACCCAAGCACUCCACUGACACUGCUUCCACAAAGGUGCCUGAAGCAUCUAACGACACUUCAAAGAAAUCUAAUAGCACUGAGAAAAAGAAAGACCCUUCGGCUGGCAAGCCAACCAAAUCUGCUCCGGCGCAAGAUGAGCCAGAAGUAAUAGACCUUACUGAUGACCCUGAACUACCUGCUGAGAAGUCAUCAAAACCAUGUGGACCUAGUCCGCACAAGCAAGAUUCACUGCCUAUUAGCAAAUUCACAUCACUUACCACUAAAUCGCCUCAUACACUUGUCAACUCACCUUCAGUUUCCUCACCAAAUGCAUUAGAAAGAGCACCAAGUGUCUUUGUCGUCAGCAGCAGUAUUACAACACCGACAACUUCAGGAACAGUAUCAAGUGCAAGACAAGUUGCAAACAUAGGGCAAAAUCUUGUUUCACAAAAUGCUAUCCAGAGAACUAGCCAACGAGUAGCUGCUGUACAGCCUGUAUCUAUUGCUUCACGGACUGGUUCCAUGUCAGGGUCUGUAUCAUCUCCGAAAAGAAUUUCCCCAGGAGUUCCACAGAGCAUCUCUCCGCAUAAACAAUCUUCAUCUUCAGCUAACAUUCAGCUCAGGAACGUGAAUCCUCCAUUGGUGACAACCCAGGGUUCCAAUCUACGCUCUCAGGUGGUGAGCCUCCAGCAUGGUCCCAGGCAACAGGUCCCUCCUGCUAGCCGAGGACAACCUCAAACUUCUCAGGUAUCCACACAGCAACGACAAAUGUCGUCAAGCCAGCAGUCUGUUACAGCUACCAUAGCAGGUCUACAACCGGUGAUGACGACAAUGCAAAACCAAGCCAGAAUGCAGGGGCAGGUGGCAAUGGCACAAAGGCUUCAGCAGGAACAGCAGCAGAUAUCUCUGAACAUGCUGCAGCAGGGUCGACAAGGUGUCCAUCAGCUUCCAGGAGCUGCUGCUUCAGCUGCAGCUCUUGCUACAAGACAACCAGGCCAGGCUUGGCUGCAGCAAGUUAGACCUGGUCAGGUCACUUCUACACAACAGCAAAGUUUGCAAGUUUGUCAGCAAAUCCAACUUCCGACUGGUCAGAUACAGUUGCAGAUGGUGAGACCUGUAGGUGCGGGUGCACCUCAAACCCUCCCCACAUCAACCCUAGCGUCUGGCUCUCAGCUAGCUAUCCAGCAGCAACAGCACUACCAGAAUGUAGCCAGAAGUCAAGCCAGCAACCAGGAGCAGAUCCAAGCCCAGGAGAGAACCCAUGCUGCCAACCGUGCCCAAGCUGCGGCAAAGGCUGCCCGGGAGCAACGGGAACAGGAGCAGCAUCAGCAAGCCAGAAUUGCGGCUCAGAGGCUUCAGUCAAGUCAGCAGGAUCAGCAGCAGGUACAAAGGGCUCAAAUGAAGAAACUGCAGGAAGAGCAAAGUGCUGUGAAGACUCAGCAGCAGCAACAUCAGAAUAAGAUGCGACUCAUUUUGUCUCAGAUUCAGAGAAGUGAGGAAUACCAGCAAUCUCUCAGAACCAAAUUGUCAGCAACUCAUUCAGGAAUGAAUCGCCAGGUAUAUCGGAACUGUCAAAGACAACUACAAGAUAUGCAGCAACAAGAAGGGAAGCUGCGUAGUGAGUUGGGAAUUGUGGAGAAAGCCCUUGCAGAAUGUAGGAAUAAGAGCAAUAAGCUGGAGCAACAGCUGCGUAUGACAACCAUAACUGCCUCUGCUUCAAGAUUAUCCCCUCAAGAACUUCAGCAGCAUCAACUGCAGCAACAGCAGCAGCAGUUAAAUCAGCAACUGGCGCAGCGUCAAAUACAACAACAAAGGAAUCCACAGCAACCGCAGCAGCAGCAGCAGCAGCAGCAAGGCCAGUUACAAGUGCAGCAGAAACAGGAUAUGACAAAAUCACAGAAACAUCCUGCACCAUUGCCCGACAUGAAGACUACAUUGGACCUCCCUCGUACAAUUCUCUUUACCCCUCUGCCAAUCAGACCUCUCCUAGAGAUCAAGCACUCCCAAGAGGGUAUUGUCCUCUCCUGGAAGGCAGACCCUGCAGGAGGUGCAUCCAAAGUUGAAGUCAUGCGUUACCUACUCUAUGCCUACCAGGAAUCUGAAUCCGCCACUCCUAGCACAGACCUUUGGAAGAAGAUAGGUGCCGUAGAUGCACUUCCGUUACCCAUGGCAUGCACACUCACCCAUUUCAAAGCUGGCAGUAUGUAUCACUUUGCUGUAUGUGCCAUCAGUAAGCACAAGAGACCUGGGGCAUUUAGUAACAUUGGCAGUAUCAACCUCCCUUGAGCUGCUUGAUUUUUCCUUCUGGCCCAAUCGCUUCCAAACACUGCAUCAUCUACUGUCAGUUUUCUGAGUGACAAGCAUUUCUUUAUCUGUAAAUUAUGUUGUCAUCAUUACAAUAUAUUCAUGAAUUUCUGUAUUUAUAAAUAAUGUCUGAAGUGACAAUUUCUUGUUUUCUAUGUAUACAUAUAUAUGUGCAUUCUGUUUCCUUUUAGUUUGAUUUUUAAUAUCUUUUCAUUGUUUUUAUUUUGUAUUUUGUUUUUAAUUUCUUCACAUGCCUUCAAUUUUUCACCAGAAUUUGUUUUGUUGUUUAACCAAUGUCAAUCUUUCUAGAUGAUGUCCAGCAUGUGCACACCCCAUAUAUUAAUAGCAUGCUUCUAUGAAUAAGAUUUUACUUAAAAAUUCAAUAAAUCUCUUGUAUUUUUUUUUAGCUUUCCAGUACUUGUUAUUCAUUCAGAUUCCUUUUUAAAUGCAGAGCUACAUUUAAAGACAUUUGCAGCUUUUCACACAACAUGAAUGAAAAACCUUUCAAUUUUUAUUUAAAUGUACUUCUUGUACUUGACAAAAUGUCCACUGUUUGAUCUACUGAUUGAACACCCUUUACUGUGAUGUAUCUGUGUAUAUUAGUAAUGUAAAUUAAAAUAAAUGAUUCCAUAAUUGUAGUUUCUCUGCUCUGUGAAUCAAGAUGCUCUUUGUGGUAUUGUUGAUAGUCAGUUCUCAUCUAAUUCUUUGUACUGGUGUCAAAUCAGUAGAUGCUUGGCUCUGAAAUGACAUUGGAAACUGUUGCAUUCUAUUCAAAUAUGGUCAGCUUCAGUUUAGUCUCUCUUUGAUAGUGUCCAGUGGGAUCAAAUUAAUAGAGGAGGUAGUGGUUGCUGGAUCACAGAACACAGGAAGGGCAGGCUACAAUAGCUUGCCUUUCCUCCAAUCAGUUGCUUGAUGGGAUUGUCCUGGUACCUCUAAUUCUUCUUGAUAGGUUGGAGUUAAACUCAGUGGCCCGUAUUCUGAAGUCAGGUUUAACUUAAACUCAGGUUUAAAGUUGUAGUUUAAUUAUGGGAAGCCAAAAGUAUCAAAAUCUUUAUUAAGUUGUAUGUUUCUUGUGUUUACUGUGCUCUUUCCUGAUUCAUCGAUGGUGAAGACAAUCAUCUAUUUAUACUUCCUAGACAAUCAUGAAUGAUUUGAGAGCCAAGUGAGCUGAAGUAUGAUAUCUCUACUGUUCGUGAUUUGUGUAACAAUUGGCUAUCCAUACUUAAACCACAACUUUAAACCUGAGUUUAAGUUAAACCUGCUAUCAGAAUACGGGCCAGUGACUUGGAGGAAACCUGACAUAAAUUGGUCAAUCAGCAAUGGCAUACUUCUACAAUCCUCUGUGUGCUCAAUGUUCUCUGGAGUGCUUAGUGUUCUCUGGAGUGCCAGUAAAGCUGGUUACCUUUUGUAGAGGCUCUGGAAUACUCACAAGCUUACAUUCCCUUCCAUUUCUUUGUGUCCUCAAAGACUGUUCCAGUGCUACUGAUGCUAGGCACCUCAUUUAGAGGCUCUUGAACACUCCUGGCUAACAUUCAUUGUCUAAGAGUGUUCCAGUGCUGCUGAUGUGAGACACUUUAUUUAGCGGCACAGCCGGCACUCGAACACUGCAACCUAACAACAGAUAUGACGAGCAAGCUAUUGUGGGUUAAGAGUGGUAUGCCCCUCCUAUUCUUUUUGAGCAAAUAGUGUUCCAAUGCUACUGCUUAAUAACUUGGAGACUUGACAAUAAGACAAACUGUACAUCCCUUUAACAGAGAUGUAAGAAGUGCUUGCAUAUAUUUUGUAUUGGUAGUUAAUAUGCAUAAUAUGAAAAUUAAGCAGUGGGCAGCUCACCAUUUUUGACCAAGCCUUUCAGAGUCAAAGUCUACACUGGCCAAAGAGGAGAAAAUUGUUGAUUAUCGUGACAACCCUUUGUAUGUAUUACCUAACAUCACACCAUCAUUUCCCAGCAUGUGGACCAUGAUGAUAUUCAUUCAUGUUGACCUGAUUAUCUCUUCCUUUUAUGUAGAUAUGUAUGCUUGAUUUGUGAAAUUAACAUUCUCUUAAUUUGUAGGUUUUUACUGUUACUCGAAGCCUAUAUAUGUGAUGAUUUGUUAGUUAGUUUGUACAUAACUCGUUCCAGCACAAAGCCAAUGUAGAAAUGAGAGAUGAACAUGAAUUGUGAAAUAAAAUGAAAUUUGUGCCAGGUAAUUAGAGGAGAAAUUGGUAAUGUAUAUACUGUAAGUACCUAUGUUGUGUAUGCAUGCAAGUGGAUAUACAUGUUUGUUGUUAUUCAAUUGUUAUAAAUCUGUUUUUUUAAUGAUUAUUUUAAGACAUUUUGGGCCAGUUCAAGUUAAUGCAUAAAUUUCAUUUUGGCUGAAUCUUACUCUGUAUUCUUAUAAUGAAUUAGUGUCUUUUUUAUUUCUUAUUUAGUAAAAUACUUGCAAAUUUACAAUUUAGUUUGAAUACAAGAUUUA